AUGGCUCCCAUCGUCUUGAGAAAUACUUACACCAUAGUACCGGCUGAGCCAACAUGGACCGGUCCGUAUCCAUUAGCCGAAAGGGAUCAAGUCGGUACAAUAACUCACGUUCCCACCGUUUACUUCUACGACAAGCCAUCUGAAUCAUUUCAAGGCAAUGUAGUCGAAACCCUAAAAAAUUCAUUGAGCCGUGCGCUUUUCUAUUUCUACCCUAUGGCCGGACGUCUCCGGUGGCUUCCACGGGGCCGGUUAGAGCUCAACUGUAACGCUGAGGGAGUGACGUUCAUCGAAGCGGAAUCUGAGGCCGAGCUUUCCGAUUUCAACGAUUUCUGUCCGACGCCGGAAUAUGAGAAACUUAUCCCGCAAGUAAACUAUAAAAACCCUAUCGAAACGAUUCCUCUUUUUCUAGCUCAGGUCACCAAAUUCAAAUGCGGCGGACUGAGCCUCAGCGUCAAAGUUUCACACGCGGUGGUUGAUGGCCAAAGCGCGCUUCAUUUCAUGAGGGAAUGGGGAAGAAUCGCGUGCGGCCAACCGCUAGAAACCGUUCCAUUUCUUGACCGGAGAGUCCUCUGGGCUGAUGAACCGCUUCCGCCGUUUGAGUCACCACCUAACUUCGACCACGAAGAGUUUGAACGGCCUCCGUUUCUGAUCGGAAAAACGGACAAUGUAGAAGAAAGAAAGAAGAAAACGGUUGUGGCGAUGCUAAAACUGAGCAAAUCUCAGGUUGAGAAGCUUAGAAGCAGAGCAAAUGCAAGCAAAUACGCUGAUCCAGCGAGAGGGUUUACAAGGUACGAGACGGUCUCCGGACACGUAUGGAGGUGCGCGUGUAAAGCACGUGGGCACUCGCCGGAGCAACCCGCGUCAGUGGGAAUCUCUGUAGAUAUUCGCAAUCGGAUGCAGCCACCUCUGCCACGUGGUUACUUCGGCAAUGCCACGUUUGAUGUGGUCGCAGCAAGCACCUCAGGUGAACUGAUAUCAAAUGAGUUGGGUUUCGCGGCGGGAAAAAUCAGUAAAGCCAUAAAGAAUGUGACACACGAAUACGUGAUGGUUGGGAUACAACAUCUAAAGAUCCAAGAGGAUCUGAGCAAGUUUCAAGAUAUACAUGCCUUGGGAAGCACGGAAGGUCCAUUCUACGGCAACCCUAAUCUUGGACUGGUGAGCUGGUUAACUCUGCCAAUGUACGGCCUUGAUUUCGGAUGGGGCAAGGAGGUCUACGUGGGACCAGGCACGCAUGACUUAGACGGGGACUCUCUGCUAUUGCGGGAUCAAAAUGAAGACGGCUCGCUGAUUCUCGCCACGUGUCUACAGGUGCCUCACAUGGAGGCCUUCAAGAAAUAUUUUUAUGAAGAUAUCUAG